AUGACAGACAAGAAGAACGUCCUGCUUUUAAUAGCGGAUGAUCUAGGCAAGCAGCUGAGCUGUUACGGAGCAAAGUCAAUCAAGACACCCAACAUCGACAAACUCGCGUCUGAAGGCACAAGAUUCGACUAUGCAUUUGCCAGCACAGCAUCGUGUAGUGGCAGUCGCUCGGUGAUUUAUACCGGCCAACAUACACACCAGAACGGACAAUAUGGACUCGCCAGCCAUCGUCAUCACUUUGUGACAUUUGACCACGUUGAGACCGCGCCUCAACUUCUCAAUCAGAUUGGGUACCGCACUGGAAUACUAGGCAAGAUACACGUUGGACCGCUAGCCGUGUAUCCCUGGGAAGAAAGACAGGAAAGCGAUACGCGUGAUGUUGCCGUUAUUGCCGACCAAGCAAGAACGUUCUUCCAACAGUCCGAAAGAGAAACGCGACCGUUUUUUCUCACCGUUGGGUAUCAUGAUCCCCAUCGAGAUCGGACGAGGGGAGGCUUUGGUAAUGACCAGGAGUACGACAGUCGCAUCACAAAAGGUGGAUACAAACCUGAUGAAGUGGAAGUGCCGCCAUUCAUCAAUGACACUCCUGGCUCACGAUUUGAAUUCAGCGAAUACUACAACUCAAUCCAUCGACUCGACCAAGGCGUGGGAUUUAUCCUUGAGGCACUGGCAGAUUCAGGUCUUGCAGAUUCGACUCUGGUAAUUUUCCUAAGCGAUAAUGGACCGCCUUUCCUAAAUUCCAAGACCACGUUAUAUGAUGCGGGCGUACGGCUGCCAUUGAUUAUCCGUCACCCAUCCACAGGAGCUGCAAUCAGUCCAAAUAUGAUCUCAUAUGUAGAUAUACUUCCUACUAUAUUGGACUAUGCGGGCCACAAAGGAGUGGUGGACGAGACCAAAAAGCGCCUAGGCCGUUCACUUAUUUCGCUUCUCGGCAACAGCUCUCAGCUUCCGGGAUAUGAUCAAGUCUUUGGCUCUCACACCUUUCAUGAGGUAACCAACUACUGGCCGACCAGAUUCAUUAGAGAUCGACGCUAUAAGUACCACAGAAAUCUGGCGUGGCGUCUUGACUUUCCCUUCGCAGCAGAUCUCUACGGUUCGUUGUCUUGGGAGGAUAUUCGCAACAUGGACUCCUCCAAGGGGGAUAUUUUGAUCGGUGGUCGGAAAUUGAGAGAUUACUUCUUCCGUCCACCAGAAGAAUUGUACGAUUUGGAAAAUGAUCCCAACGAACUGCGAAACUUGGUUAAAGAUCCCGACCACGCUUCCGUUCUAGAAGAUCUACGUGGGAAAUUGGAAGAAUGGCAGCGUCGAACAGAAGACCCUUGGCUAUAUCGUGACGGUGUAUCUGUCUGGUUUGUUCGAUAUCAUUUACCGUCUGGAUUAAAAAUUCCCGAUCGAUUGGACUUUGACCCGGACCAACCUGGCAAUCAAGGCGAAAGAUUUUUUCCAGCCAACGCGCCUUGGGGCGCAGAAGUGUAG